UGUGCCCGUAUCCAAAUCUUAAGAACGUCUACUCUUUGUUCGUCAAUUUUUGUCGGCGCGUUUCGUUCUAGGAAACAUUAAUUAAUCUAGAAAUAUCAAGAAAAUAAUUUUCGAAAGCGUGUGAUACCCUACAUCACAAACAUCAACAUGCAACCUCAAAUAAUUCUGUUGAAAGAAGGCACAGAUGCGACUCAGGGGAAGCAACAAGUGAUAUCCAAUAUAAAUGCAUGUCAAAUUGUUGUGGACGCUGUUAGGACUACCUUGGGUCCUCGUGGCAUGGAUAAACUUAUAGUCGAUCAAAAUGGAAAGAGCACGAUUUCAAAUGAUGGUGCUACCAUCUUAAAGUUGCUGGAUAUUAUUCAUCCAGCUGCGAAGACUCUAGUGGAUAUUGCAAAGUCACAAGAUGCAGAAGUGGGCGAUGGCACGACCAGCGUCGUCUUGUUAGCAGGAGAAUUUCUGAAGCAAAUGAAACCAUUUAUAGAGGAGGGUGUGCACUCGCGGAUAAUUAUUAAGGCUCUUCGUCGCGCGCUUCAAAUAGCCGUGGAAAAGAUUAAUGAACUAAGCGUAAAAAUAGAUAAAAGUGACAUAGAUAAGCAGAUUGAACUUUUGGAAGAAUGCGCGGCCACGUCCAUGAGCUCAAAAUUGAUACAUCAACAGAAGAAGCAUUUUAGCAAGUUAGUCGUCAAAGCUGUCAUGAUGCUGGACGAAUUGCUUCCCCUCAACAUGAUAGGCAUUAAGAAGGUAUCUGGAGGUGCGCUAGAAGAUUCGGAACUGAUCCAAGGGGGGGUGGCUUUCAAGAAGACCUUCUCGUACGCCGGCUUUGAGAUGCAACCGAAGAAAUAUCAGCAGUGCAAAAUCGCGUUGCUGAACAUCGAAUUGGAACUGAAGGCCGAACGGGAUAACGCGGAAGUUCGCGUGGAUAACGUGGCGGAAUAUCAGCGAAUCGUCGACGCGGAAUGGCAGAUUCUUUACGAUAAGCUUGAUCAGAUUCACAAAAGCGGCGCGAAAGUUGUAUUGUCCAUGCUACCGAUCGGCGACGUUGCGACACAAUAUUUCGCCGACCGGGACAUGUUCUGCGCUGGUAGAGUACCCGAGGAAGAUCUUAAGAGGACGAUGAAGGCAUGCGGCGGAGCCAUCUUGACAACGGUGCACGGCGUCAAGGUCUCCGACCUUGGAACAUGCCAGCUUUUUGAGGAGAAACAGAUUGGGGGCGAGAGGUUCAACAUCUUUUAUGAAUGUUCGCGGGCGAAAACUUGUACAUUUAUACUGCGUGGAGGCGCGGACCAAUUCUUAGAAGAAACGGAGAGGUCUCUUCACGACGCGAUCAUGGUAGUCAGGCGCAUGGUGAAGAACGACGCUGUGGUAGGCGGGGGUGGUGCCAUCGAGAUGGAACUCUCCAAGACCCUGCGCGAUUAUUCUCGCACGAUCGCUGGAAAGGAGCAGCUCUUAAUAGGAGCGAUUGCGAGAGCUCUCGAAAUUAUUCCGAGGCAACUCUGCGAUAACGCCGGAUUCGACGCGACAAAUAUCCUGAACAAAUUGCGACAGAAGCAUCAUAAAGGCUUGCAGUGGUACGGCGUCGACAUCAAUACGGAGGAUAUCGCGGAUAACAUGCAGUGCUGCGUCUGGGAGCCCGCGAUAGUGAAGAUCAACGCGUUGACAGCCGCCACGGAAGCUGCGUGCCUUAUUUUGUCAGUCGACGAAACCAUUAAAAACCCCAAGAGCACUCAGGACGGCCCACCGAUGGGACGCGGCAUGGGCAGACCGAUGUAAAUUUAAUCUGUCACGCGUUGCAUUUCAUUUUUUCCAUAAGGAUGAAAUAAGAUACAAUUAAAUAAGAGAAUAAUUCGCAAACGUGAGCUCUAUUAUUGCGUCUUGUCACUCACAGUAUCUUUUGUAUAUGCUGCUAUUUAUAAUGAAUUGCAAUAACAGGUUUCUUCUGUUUAAAAUAAAAGCUUGUAUUGUUCUUUAAGAUA